AGUCCGAUGGACAGACCAAGUGGCGGGGGGCAGGGAAGAAGAUGCUCAUCACGCUUGGUCGUCGAGGAGACAGAUAGAAGAGCAGCGAGCGGAGCGGCCGGAGCAGCUGGCGGUUCCCCGGUCUCACGGCUCCGUCCCUAGCUGCCUCUGGGUAACGGGUCUGUGAGCGACCUUACCGUCUACCGGACCGGUCACAGUCUAUAGCAGGAGCGGGUCUGUGACAGGAGCAGCCCAGGCCGUGACACCGGCUCCCUACCGAGCGCUCCCCGGUGACGGACCGGCCGUCUCUAGCGGAGAGUCCCCGACAAGCAGCAGCCCCGGCCGCGACACAUGAUGAAUUACCUGCGGCGCCGCCUCUCGGACAGUAACUUCAUGGCCAACCUGCCCAACGGCUACAUGAGCGACCUGCAGCGGCCGGACCCCCCCGCCCCGCCGCCCGCCGUGUCCCCGGUGCCGCCGGCCGUGUCUCCGGAGCCCAGCGCCGGGGGCGGCGGCGGCUUCUUCUCAUCCCUCUCCAAUGCGGUGAAGCAGACGACGGCCGCCCUCAGCGAGCAGGUGUCCACGGCGGCCGGGGGGGUGUCCGGGGCGGCGGCCAGAGGGGCCAAGGUGCUGCUGGUGGUGGACGAGCCGCACUCCGACUGGGUGAAGAUUUUUAAAGGGAAGAAAAUCAGUGGAGAGUUUGACAUCAAGGUUGAACAAGCCGAGUUCUCGGAUCUGAACCUGGUGGCCCAUUCUAAUGGAACCUUCUCCGUGGACCUAGAGGUCAUGAGAAACGGCGUGAAGGUGGUCAGGUCUCUGAAGCCAGACUUUGUCCUCAUCCGUCAGCACGCUUUCAGCAUGGCACGGAAUGGAGAUUUCCGCAGCUUGGUGAUCGGCCUGCAAUAUGCCGGCGUACCGAGCCUGAACUCCUUGCACUCAGUAUAUAACUUCUGUGAUAAGCCCUGGGUGUUUUCUCAUCUCGUUCGCCUGCAUAGGAAGCUUGGGCCCGAGGAAUUCCCUCUAAUUGAGCAAACUUACUACCCUAAUCACAAAGAGAUGCUGACCGCCUCCAAGUUUCCAGUGGUGAUCAAGAUGGGCCACGCUCAUUCUGGUAUGGGCAAGGUGAAGGUGGACAACCAGUAUGACUUCCAGGACAUCGCUAGCGUGGUUGCCCUAACUAAAACCUACGCCACUUCUGAACCGUUUAUUGACGCCAAGUAUGAUGUCCGCAUUCAGAAAAUUGGAAAUAAUUACAAAGCCUACAUGAGAACAUCCAUUUCUGGGAACUGGAAAACCAACACGGGGUCGGCCAUGUUGGAGCAGAUCGCUGUGUCUGACAGGUACAAGCUCUGGGUGGACUCCUGUGCGGAAAUAUUUGGGGGUCUGGACAUCUGCGCCGUGGAAGCCCUGCACGGGAAAGACGGCAAGGACCAUAUCAUAGAGGUCGUUGGCUGCUCCAUGCCUUUAAUCGGUGACCAGCAGGAAGAAGAUCGGCACCUGAUCGCUGACCUGGUGGUUUGUAAGAUGGCCCAGACUCUUCAGUGCAGCUCCUCCUCCCCGAGCCGCUCCGUGCAUGCACAGCAGCCCCAGGUUCAACCUGCUCACUCCUGGUCUGGGACUCCGGUCCAGCAGCAGAGGCCUUCUCCACAAGGGGGUCCUCCAGCGGCACAGGGUCCUCCACGACAGGGACCUCCCUCCCAGCAGAGGCCUCCACCUCAAGGACAGCAGCUUCAAGGUUUAGGUCCUCAGCCAUCACCACAUCCACCAAAUCUGCCCAGCCCUGGGGCGCAGCAGCGGCAAAUGAUACCCCCGCAGCAGCAGCAGCAGCAGCAGCAGCAGCAGCAACCGCAACCGUCCCCCCAGCAGAUGAGGCCCCAACAGCAGCCAUCACCCCGCCAAUCUCAAUCUCCCCAAAGGCAGCCCAGCCCACAAUCACCCCAACGUCAGCAGCAGACCCCCCCUAUGCCAGCAGGCCCAAAGCCAAUGGGCGUCCAGCCCCCUCCACCUCGGCAACCUGGACCUCCGAGGCAACCAGUUCCUGCAGGACCCCAGCAGAAGCCUCCACCUCCCGUCCUUCAACAGCAGCACGGCAUCCGCCAGCCGGGACAACAGCAGCCACCACCGCAGCAGCAGCGGCAGUCCUCUCCAGGGGGGCCCCAGCAACAGCCGCCCCAGCAGCAGCCGCCACAACCGCAGCAGCAGCCGCCGCCGCCGCAACGACCUAUGACCCAGCAGCCCAGGCCUAACCCUCAAGGACCCGGGCAGGGUUCACGUCCUGGUGGUCCCCAAAAGCCUCAAGUGGCUCAGAAGCCGGGCCAAGAGCUGCCCCCACCCCAGCCGCAGCUGAAGUAAGAGCCCUCGAGGUUCUGGGUGGGCCACACAGGUUUCAGCUUCCUAUACUACCUAUUGCAUCCCUUUUAUUGCAUGCCGCUUAGGUGAGGUAGGCACUGGGUCACCUUCUCUUUUUGUAUGGUACCAAUAGCAUGGACCCGGGUGGGUUUUGGUGACUGGGGCUGCAGUGGGUUCCUGGGAGUGUCCACCCCCUGGCAGCGCCCAGUGUAGAAGGUGGUGGCUAGCUUAGCAGGAAUGAGUAAUAUUGCAUGACUUUAACUGAUCAUUAUUUUUCUUUCCUCCUCCCCCUACCUCCAACAUAUAUAACACAUCCCCCCCCCCUUCCCGACAACCAUUCUGCACAUUUCCCCCCUGUAAAAAAAAAACUCGCCCCCCCCCCCCCACACCAUCUUCUCCCAUCAUCGGCCAUCACCUCACAUCGUCCUCCAGUAAGUCCCAGUCCCUCACCAACUCCUUCACCCUUGCAGACUCGCCAGCUCCACGUUCCAGUCUUAGUCACGACGAGGUGAAAGCCGAAACGAUCCGCAACCUGAGGAAAUCCUUCGCCAGUCUCUUCUCAGACUGAAGGGGAUCCCGUCUCUCCCACCGGCUCUGUGUAGUGUCCCGCUCCCUUCACCUGUGUGCACGGCUUAACUCCUUGAAAACAAAAAAAAAAACAACAAAAACUGAAAAAAAUUAAAAAAGCAGAGGAAGAGGUAGAUAUGGAGAU